AUGUAACCAUCUAGCCAAAGCUUAGAAGGAUAUUAAGAAACCCGAAUGAAAUUUUCAAGUUCAUGGACUUUUAUGCUUACAUCAUUAGGAUUUGCGGCAGGGUUUGGAAGUGUUUGGAGAUUCCCAUAUCGUAAGAAUAGGAUUAUACUAAUUAUUUAAGUUGUAUUUAAGAAUGGAGGAGGUACAUUUUUAAUUCCAUACUUUCUUUUGGUUUUUACUUUGGCUAUCCCAUUAUUUUUUAUAGAAGUAGGAUUAGGACAAUGUAAAGGAAUUGGAAUGGCUCACUUGUUGAAUUUAGAGAAACCUAAGUUUAGAGGAUUCGGAUAUGUUGGAAUAGUAAUUUGUGCAUAUAUAUCAUCGUAUUAUGUAAAUAUGGAAUAAAUAAAUAAAUAGAAUCUAAUUAUGGCAUAUUCUUUAAGAUAUUUGUGGGAAUCAUUUAAAUACCCAAUACCAUGGAUGGCGAGCAUAAUGGUAGAAAACAAGCCAUUUUCAAGAGAUUAUUUUUAUGAUUCUAUAGUUUAGAUUUCAAGCUCAAUAACAGAUUUAAGUAAUUGAAAUAUAAAUAUAUUAGAUAAUAUAAUAUGGAGUUUAUUUAUAGCAUAUAUAGUAUCAUUAAUAAUUGUAUAUUUUUGUAUAAAGUAAGUAUUGAUGAUUAUAUUAAUAGAGAAGGAGUGGAGACUUCGGGAAAAAUAGCGAUGGUAACAGCUACAUCACCUUAUGUUUUAUUAAUGAUUCUAUUAAUAAGGGGUUUAAUGUUAGAAGGUUCAAGUGAAGGAAUUUAUUAUUUAUUUAAACCAGACUAUAUUAAAUUAUUUAAUCCUUAAGUUUGGGUAGAUGCUGCUAAUUAAGUCAUAUUUUAAAUGUCAGUUGGAUAAGCAAUUCUUACAUUAUAUGGAAGUUACAGAAAGAAGGAUGAUAAUUUACCUAUUUUUUCUUUUGCUAUACCAUUAUUAACUGCAUUAUGUGGAAUGUUAGCUGGUUUAGUCGUAUUCAGUUAUAUUGGACAUGUUAGUUUUAAAUAUAAUGUGUAAAUUUAAGAAUUACCAGUAUUUAUGAUAAAGAUAAUUAGUUAUCUGGUCCAGAUUUGGCAUUUGUUUUAUAUCCAGCUAUUUUAGCUUAGAUGCCAAUGCCAAAUUUAUGGUGUAUUUUGUUCUUUUUAGUAUUAUUAUUGUUGGGAAUUGAUACUUAAUUUGGANUAUAUUUCAAGUAAUGUAUUUUCUUGUUUCCUAUUAGUAUAGAUAUAUAAUUUCAAAAUCUCACUUAUUGUGUAUUAAUAAUUGAAAAUUAUCUGGUUAUUUUAAAAAUUUAAUUACAAAUCUAUAACUUUUAACCUAAAUCUCUUUGUAUGUAGUUAAAUGAAGGAUAAUAUUUAUUUAAAAAGUGA